UUGUACAUAAACUAAUGUUUAUGUUUACAACCAUGUAAAUGUUAAGUUUUUGUUCAAGUUUAUAUCGAAUUUAUUUUCUUUCGCUGACAUCUAAGAUCAGUUCCACAGAAAGCAUAGUUACAGACACUCAACAGUGUGAAACGAUUGCCCAUUAAAACGUGAAAUCAUGGCCGAGUAUAAUAGCAGCAACGAUGUGAUGGAAUUAUCGGAGGCGGUGAAAAAGAUCAGUAAUAAUGCACAAGAUGUUUUUGUCAACAAAGAAAAUAUCCCAAAAGCAGCGGAAAGCAUGAUGCGUCAUUUAUUGAAAAAUGUUAAGGACUUCCAUGCAUAUAAUGACAGAUUUGUACGUCCUUUCGCAUUUCUGCGUGAAUUUGAAGACUCGAAAAAAGCGAAUUGGCUAUUUGUGUUGCAUACAUUAAAUUUCUCACUUUGGCAUCGAAGAGGUAGUAGGCAAUGGAAAGUUAAUGGUGAAAAAGGAUAUUUUGGAUUAUGCAAUGCUUUAAAGCGGGCCACUGAAGAAGGAAAGCCUAUAUGGGAUCCUAAUUAUUACACAAAACUGACACUAGAUGCGUUGGAGUUCAUUUUCCGAAGUGACAAUGACGAAACUCACAUUCCGUUUUUAAAAUUAAGACUAAGGAUUUUACAAAUUGUCGGACUAAUUUUGUUGCAUAAAUAUCAAGGCACUUUUCUAGAAUGUAUCAAAUCAUCCGACUACGAUGCAGAUAAAUUGAUGAAAUUACUUUUUGAUGAAUUCAGCGUAUAUCGAGACGAAAUAAAAUACGAUGGCAAAAGGGUUCGUUUUCUUAUCAAAGCGAGAUCACUGGUGACUGACAUAUGGACAUUUUUUGAUGAAAUUAAACUGAAUACAAAAGAACUGAUGUCUACGACAUUCAUUGAUUGUCGUAUUCUUCAAUUAUUGUUGCAGAAGAAACUUUUGCGCUACAGUGACGAUCUCGCGAAGAGAUUUGAAAUUAACAAUGAACCACUUCUGCAAGAAAGCAGAGAAGAAAUUGAGAUACGUGGUUGCUCACUUUUCGUUAUCCAAGAAAUAUGUAACGAAUUACAAAGGUUAAGCCAGCAUUACAUAGAACAAGAGCCAAUUCUAAAAAAUUUAAAUAUUUCGAUUGUGGUCGAUAAUAUCUUGUGCGCACUUCUAUUUCUUGAAAUUAAAGAUAAAUCUUUGAAUGCAUACCCAUUGCAUUGUACUGAAACCAUGUACUAUUAAAAUAUUAUAUUUUAUCAUAUGUCUGUUAACUGGCGAAUAACUGAUCAAAAAUACUAAUCAUUUCUUUUGUAAUAAUGUUAUAUUUAUAUACACAUGACAAUAUCUAUAAUAUAAUAUAAAAUUAUAAUGUAAGGUUUACUCUUAAUAAUUAACGGUAAUGAUUCAAUUGAUUCUUAUUUUAUCGAUUGAUAUGGCAUUGAAUCUGAAAAUAUAUUUCUCUUAGCGUUUUAAAACAUAUAGUUUUAUUGAGAAUACUGAUAUGUAUUCGAGAAAUAAUAAUGUACAUUAUUCUGAUACAUGCAAACAUAGAAA